GUCCACGAGCGCUCCGGACAACUCGUGCACGCGCCCUCUUCGCGCUCCGCGACCAUGGAGCCGGAGGACAGCAAGAUCUCCGUGUGGGUGUGCCGCGAGGAGAAGCUCGUGUCCGGCCUCUCCCGGAGAACCACCUGCGCCGACGUGGUUAAGGUCCUGCUGGAGGAGCAGAGCGCACGCGGGCGCGCCGCCGCCGCCGCCGCCGCAGCCGCCGGCUCCAGCGCGCUGUGCGGACCCCCGCAGUCCUACUGCAUCGUGGAGAAGUGGCGCGGGUUCGAGCGGGUCCUGCCCAACAAGACCAAGAUCCUGCGCCUGUGGAGCGCGUGGGGCGACGAGCAGGAGAACGUGCGCUUCGUGCUCGUCAAGAGCGACGCGUCCCUGGCGAGCGCGGGGCCGCGCAGCGCGGAGGCGCGCGUCGUGCUCAGCAAGGAGGGUCUGCGCGCGGCGCGCGGCACCGCCAGGACCACCAUGGCUUUCUCGCAGGAGAAGCAGCGCAGGAUCGUGAGGAAGGCGUUCAGGAAGCUGGAGAAGAUCAACAAGAGGCGCGCGCAGAGCUCGUGCCAGGAGCGCAGCUCCUCCGUGGAGAAGAUGGAGACCCUGGUGCACCUGGUGGUCUCGCAGGACCACACGAUCCGCCAGCAGAUCCAGAGGAUCAAGGAGCUCGACCGCGAGAUCGACAGGUACGAGGCCAAGGUGCACUUUGACCGCAUCAAGAGACACGGAGUCAACUACGUGCAGGACACCUAUCUGGUGGACUCGAAGGGCGAGGGCGACGCCGCGGACCCCCGGGAGCCGCCGUGCGCACCCCCGGGCCUGGCCCGCUUGGAGGAGUACACGCGCAGGUGCGAGGAGCUCGUUAGGCUGCAGGAGGAGCUGGCCGAGCAGGAGGCUCUCCUGGAGAGCGUCACGGCCGAGAUCCAGGAGGAGCUCAACCACAGGUGGAUGAGGCGGCGCCGGGAGGAGCUGUCCGGCAGGGAGCCCGAGAGCGGCGAGCGGGACGCAGGGGGCAGGGCGGCCGGGGGUGCAGACGGCGAGCUGCUCGUGGAGGAGGAGAGGGUGAGAACGCAGCUGGACGCGAGCCUCUACAUCGGCCUGCGCCUCAACACGGACCUGGAGGCCGUCCGGAGCGACCUGGACUUGAGCGAGCAGCUGUGGGACGCCAAGCAGAAGGAGCUCAGGAUUCUGCUCCAGAAGGUGGACUCCUUGGACGGGGAGCAAGUGGCCGAGGAGCCCGAGGAGGAGCCCGAGGGGGGGGGGCCUGGGCCGGUGGCCUUGGAGGCCACCGGCGGCUGGGUGGAGCAGGCCAGGGGUCUGUCCAAAACCAGGGACGCUAACGACGAGGACUCGGACACGGGUUUGAGCUCCAUGCACAGCCAGGACUCGGACACGGGUUCAAGCGGGGCGCGCGCCCGGGACCAGGACUCGGGUUCGGACCCGACGCGUGCCCAGCACGAGGGCUCGGGUUUGGGCGCGACGUGCGCCCUGGACCGGGACCAGGGCUCGGGUUCGGACCCGACGCGUGCCCAGCACGAGGGCUCGGGUUUGGCCCCAACGUGCGCCCGGGACCAGGACUCGGGUUCGGACCCGAAGUGUGCCCAGCACGAGGGCUCCGGUUUGAGCCCGACGUGCACCCGGGACCAGGACUCGCGUUCCAAUUCGACAUGCCCCCGGGACCAGGACUCGGGUUCCAAUCCGACGUGCACCCGGGAUCAGGACUCGGGUUCCAAUCCGACGUGCACCUUGGAGCAAGACACGGGUUCGAGCUCACCUUGCAUCCAGGACUCUGAGGACCCGCCCGUCUGCGAGUCUCUCGUCUGAGUCCACUUUCUGGACCUUUCCCUGCUGGAGCUUCGCCAGCAAACUCAGGGAAGAGUGUGUUUCUCCAGAGUUCAUCAAACUUAUUUAUUAAUAAGGAUAUAUGUUCGCUUUGGAAUGGCGGUCUGAUGGGCCCCAUCUGCAGGUCCUUCUUCCUUGUCCGCAAACAGAUCCCUGAGUUGUACAUUUAAAUAUAUGUUACAACAACAAAAACUGAAGUUCUUGACUUGGCAAAAUAUGGAAAUGGUGCAUAGUGUCGAACGUGCGAGCAGGAGAUGUUCAAAAGCUCGCAUCCAGUGUGAUGUCGAAGGAGCAGCGACAUUUUAAAGUGAGAAAAUAAGAUCGCUGCGUAUGACUGCUUUUCUGUUGAUUUCAUAAUUCACACACGGGACACUCAACUGAAACGCAUGACAGGCUGAAUUUUGGGAAAAAAAUGUACAACUGUUAUUAUCAUAUAGUUCAUACUCAGUAGCUCAA